CACUCACCUUCCCGGCUGCGGACGCGUCCUGGAGGUUAUGGUCCUGAGGCUAUCGAGCCCCCUACCCUCCUCUUACCCCGCCCAAACCUGAAUGUGGCCUGCAGGCCUGGUCUUCCACACUGAUCGUCUAUCCUGGGCCAGGCCUCUACGGGAGUCGGGUCAGAAGAGGAUAGCAGAUGUAGGAGUGGUGGUGGGGUGGCGUAGAUUCUGGGUGAUUUACGACUAUCAGGGAAAGUGGCUAGAACCUAUAGUCACUCAGAGGCUCCAUCUUAGACUAAGAGCAGGGGACCCCGUCCCUACUCUAUUUCCAUUAUCUGGGCUGUGAUCCAUAACCAGGAUUGGGUUUUGGUUGGUUGGUUGGUUUGGUUUUUGGUUUGCUUGUUUUUUUGGUUUUGGGGUUUUUUGUUUUUUGGUUUUUUUUUUUGUAUUUUUUUGUUUUUUUUGCAUGCUUCCCACAUGCUAAGGACGUGAGUCCAAAGAAGGAGCUCCUCUUCCUAGGCAUGGGGUCAAGGAGACCUCACCUCCUGACUCUGGGCAAAAUGGAGUAUGGGCUGCCCUUCCUCGACUGUGCUGCCUACAGAUUGAAUGGCCCCUGCUCAAUAGUGAGGAUAAGGAUGGAGGCCCAGAUGUGGUUUUUAGUUUGGUUUGCUUUGCUUUGCUUUGCUUUGCUUUGGUUUCUCUGUGUAGCCCUGGCUGUCCUGGAACUCACUCUGUAGACCAGGCUGGCCUCGAACUCAGAAAUCCACCUGUCUCUGCCUCCCAAGUGCUGGGAUUAAAGGCCUGGGCCACUACUGCCUGGCCCAGAUGUGUUUUAACUCACAGGUGCAGUUCGAGAACUUGUAUGGCUUCCUGCGUCCUGUUAAAAGACAAAUAUAACAAUUUUUGUCCCAAUUGGCUCUGUGAAGGUAGAAUUGGGCCACACUUCAUCCUGUAAAGAAAACUGAGUGCUGUCAUGUUUUGGUUGGUUCAGUUUGGGUCUCUUUGCAUGACAGACUUUCUGUCACGCAAUGACUCUGGAACUCGUCCUCUUCCGGCCUCUGCUUCCCAAGUGUUGAGUUGUAUAGACCCAUGUCACUACUACACAGGGCUAGGAGUUUGAUUUUUAUAGACAGAAAAAGAAAGGAGAGUAAAAAUAGUAAAAAAGUAAAUUGGUCAUUUCAAAGUUACUUAUUUCAUAGGAUAAUUCAUGCUGGCUCAGGUUGACGGGUCCCCUUGAUCUCUUGUCUGGUUGGAAAAUGAGCCCAUUCGGAAUUCCGUUUGAUCACGUGACACCUAGCAUACUCAGUUCUAGUUUGAUCUGCUGGACCAUAAUUCAGAAACUACCUCUUACGUGUUUUAUGUAAUACUCUUUACCCCUUGGUUGAGUCUGCAGAGCACUGGAAGAAUGAGGUCCUCUUGGACCCCUUUGGGGCCCCCUGUGAGCCAGGACCGCAUCAUCACCAGCUUCCCUAAGUGGUACACGCCGGAUGCCUGCCUGCAGCUCAAGGAACACUUCCACAACCAAGUCAGCAGAGCCUGCCAGCACAGGAACACGGGCACUGCCGGGCUCAGACUCUCCAAGGUGGUGGUUGUGGGCGAUCUCUACGUGGGAAAGACUAGCCUCAUUCACAGGUUGUGCAAGAAUGUUUUCGACCGUGAUUACAAGGCCACGAUCGGCGUAGACUUUGAAAUUGAGCGCUUUGAGAUCGCAGGGGUUCCCUACAGCCUCCAGAUCUGGGACACAGCCGGGCAGGAGAAGUUCAAGUGUAUUGCAUCAGCCUACUACCGAGGUGCCCAGGUGAUCAUCACAGCCUUUGACCUCACUGACAUCCAGACCCUGGAGCAUACCAGGCAGUGGCUGGAGGACGUGCUGAGGGAGAACGAGGCGGGCUCUUGCUUCGUCUUCCUCGUGGGAACCAAGAAGGAUCUCUUGUCAGGGGCAGCAUGCGAGCAAGCGGAAGCAGAGGCUGUGCAUCUGGCCAAUGAGAUGCAGGCAGAGUACUGGUCUGUGUCGGCCAAGACAGGAGAGAACGUGAAGGCCUUCUUCAGUCGCGUCGCCGCCCUAGCCUUUGAACAGUCUGUACUUCAGGACCUAGAGAAGAGGCCCAGCACCCAGUCCCAGCUCGGAGAUGGAGAUGGAGACCUAAUACGAAUAGAGGUACCCAAGACCCAGGAGAGCAAGAGGCCACCUGGCCUGGGCUGCUGUUAACCGAGGCCAGAAUCAGAGCCAUCUCCAAGGUGACAAGGAAUCCAAGUUCUACAGCGGUUAUGCCUUCAAGCUGGGGAACAGAGCCCAGCCGUUUCUCUCUAGCCAAUCAGCAGCCACUGGCUGCUGAAGCCCCAUGCUGGCGGGCUGGUUGGUGGGCGCCAGGGUGAGCCUUCCCUGUAGGGUCUUCAGACAGUCACCGUGUUCUUAAAGAGGCCUCGAGACUGCAAACUCAGGACACCUCAGGGCUAGCCCACAUCCCUUACCCAAUCAUACCAAUGGCUGCGCAGCCCUUUCCUGCAGAUCCUCUAGGAUCUCCGAACCCUCAUCUCCAGGUCCCACAAGCAUGGAGACUUAUCAGAGUAGGCGAGUAAAACUAACCUGCCAUCCCACCCGGAGUUCUCUCUCAUCAAAAAGACAUGGCGUUCUAGGCCUUUCAGCCUCAGACCUAGCUCUCCCAGGACUCUGUGGUCCCAGCCACUGUUAAGCACAAUGGACAAAGGCCCCUUGGCCCCUCUGGCAGAGUCCCCGCCUCCAUCUCUGAGAUUCCCCGUGGCUCUGCCCUGAGUGGGUCAGAGGGUGGACCUUCGGCUCACCACUGUGACCAUCCCAAGGGAGGACGAUUGCAUGGUGACCUUUGGAGCCUUAUGAGAGGGAUCACUGUGGCCAUCCUCAGAGAUGACAAUGCAUGGUGUCCCUUUGGCCACCCAUUCCACAUCCCUGAGCCUGAUACUGUCCUGUGUUUUCACCUAUGUCCAUCCCUGCUGGCCUACCAUGUGUCUGUCCAGCUGGCCUGUGUGUCUCUCCAGACCUUGGCAUUGGGCCUCUUAUCUCUGGAGGACUUGGGACAUCCAGAAUCUAGCAUGCCUAACCCCUUUCUACACAUCAGUAGAAAUACUGAGCCCUGCGUGGGUCCAGAGUCUCCCCGGACCCCCUCACCUACUCUGUAUUCCUAUAGCUCUGGGUCCAGACCCACAUACCCCUGUCUUUCUCCUGCCAUAAGAGGGUGUGCACACCCAGUAUUCCUAGCUGCUGUCCCCCUGCCCCAAGAUAGGAUCUCAUGUAGCCCAUGCUGGCUUCCAACUCUAUAUGUAGCUGAGGCUUGCCUUGGAUUUUAUUUACCCUCCAUCUCCCAAAUGCUAGAAUUAGAGAGAUGUACCACCAUACCUAGCAACACCUGCUUCUCCAGGAUGCUAAGCCUCUGUAGGCAGCCAUGUUGGCCCAUGCCCUUUUCUAAGUGCCUGGCAUACCACACCUCUCCACAACUGUUCAUGAACUCAGCAAUGGCCAAACAUCCGAGAACACUGACCUGUCUUCCUGUUCCAUACCACAUUCACUAGCCAUAUGUUAGUGAGCUCUCUCUCCCUCCCCACUGCCCACCCCACUCUGAGACAGUGUGUCACUAUGUAUACUAGGCUGGCCUUGAGCUUGUAGCAGUCUCCUGCCUUAGUCUCCCAAAUGCUGGGGUUAUAGACACGAAGCCCCUAUUUGGCUCAAGGUCUUUUAUUCUAAAAAGCAUAUAAAAACAUAUCUUGAAAGGAUUUAAUGUUUUGGUAUUAAACAAGGUGGCGGAGCCUAAGAAAAAUGAAAAUCCGCGUCUGCCCUGAAGUUAGUUGUACACUUGGAAGCGAACACGCUUAGCAGUUGAUAAGAAUUCCUCAUGGGGCCUUCCCCAGCCCAUGUGUGCAAACCCCCAUGUUGGCUUGUUUUUCCAAAGCUCCCUUGUACUGUGCACACUGCCUGAUGGGCCACCUGCCCAGUCAUCUGCCCUGAUCUCCCCCUGUGGGUGAUUGCCAGGCCUUCCCUCCCAUGCUUAGCAAAACAUGCAGUUUCCUAAGUGCGGAUAGGCUGCAGCUCAUUUGUGUUCCUUAUCUACCGGCCAGCAGCCUGGUUCACGUCUGCUGUUGUUAGCUUUCCCCUGCGGUGCUUUGGAAUUUCCACAGAGGGUCCUGGUGGGCUCUCCUCUGGACUGUGGCUCUUACCCUGACCCAUGAAGACACAGCCUGUUAGGGACAGGCUACAUCGCUGUUGCAUUAGGGAAGGUUAGCGUUUAGUGGGCACAGCAUAAUGCUUCAUGGGGCGGAAGGAGAUGGCAGUGGUCGUCUGAGGCCUCUCUUCCUCCUAGGAACUAGGAUGGUGAUGGGAAGGGGGUGAUACUGUGUCCUCCUGUCAUGAGCUCCAGAGCUAGAAGUAACUCUGCUUUUCACACCCCUACAUUGCUAUAGACCCGUUUUUUGUUCUUUGUUUUCCCCGAGACAGGGUUUCUCUGUAUAGCCCUGGAUGUCCUGGAACUCACUCUGUAGACCAGGCCGGCCUCGAACUCAGAAAUCUGCCUGCCUCUGCCUCCGAAAUGCAGGGAUUAAAGGUGUGUGCCACCACUGCCCAGCUUAUAGACCAGUUAUUAAACUCUCUUUGUGUUGCCCA